AUGUAUGAGGAAAUCAUAAAAGCAACAGAAGAUUUUGAUUCCACUUAUUGUAUUGGGAAGGGAGUACAUGGAAGCGUUUAUAGAGUGAAUUUGUCAUCUGCCAACUUAGUGGCCGUGAAGAAACUCCAUCAGUUGUGGGAUGGAGAGACAAAUCUUCAGAAAGAGUUCUUAAAUGAAGUAAGGGCACUCACUGAGAUAAGACACCGAAGCAUUGUGAAGCUCUAUGGUUUCUGUGCACACAAACGAUCUAUGCUUUUAUAG